GUUGGGAAGCCAUUCUCGAUAGACCCGGAAAUGCCCCGAUGUAGCCCGGAAAGAGUUGCUGGAGCCAGAGCGGCCCCUCCGCCCCUUCCUUCCUCCUCCUCCUCCUCCCGAACGCCGAACGGAAGUCUCCGAAAACAGACGGCGCUCGACGAAGAGCGGCCGGACGUCCACGAGACGGGGUCGGAGGUCGCCUCCGAGCGCCGAGGCCUUCUCCGGAAGUUGCCGAACGCCCCCGAAGCUCCCGGGGAGGGCAGGCAGCAGCGCCACACAAGAUGGCGGACGGGGAGGAGGUUACUCUGGACGGGAGGCCGCUUCAGGCGUUGAGGGUCGCCGACCUGAAGGCGGCGUUGGAGCAGCGGGGCCUGCCUAAGAGCGGGCAGAAGAGCGCCUUGAUUAAGCGGCUCCGUGGGGCCCUGAUGCUUGAAAACCUACAGAAGCAUUCAACCCCCCACACCACCUUCCAACCCAAUUCCCAGAUCGGGGAAGAAAUGAGCCAGAACACCAUCAUUAAGCAAUAUCUGGAAAAACAGCAGGAGCUGCUGAGGCAGCGUCUGGAACGGGAAGCUCGGGAAGCCGCUGACCUAGAGAGCAAAAGUUGCGUCAUCUCGCGCAAGAGGGAAGAAUCGGACGAAGAGGAAAGCCGAAAACCGGAGGAACCCCUUUCUCGGGUCAGGCAGGCCCGAGCGGUGAAGACCGCAGGCGGCGGCCAUCCGCUGGUGAGUGAAGAGCGGGAGACUUCCCUUCGGAGUCGAAGAGCUGCCCAGCGGGUGCCGGUCAAAGAGGAGGAGGAAGAAGAAGAGGAGGAAGAAGAAGAGGAGGAGGAGGAGGAAGAAGAGGAGGAGGAAGAGGAAGAUGCGCCCCCUUUGCUGGUCGGCCAGACGCCCAUGAGACCAGAGGAGCCAGGCAUGCCUGCUCCCCAAGAGACGGGCAUGUUCCAAGCUUCCUUGCCCAUCGUCCUGCAAGCCCAGCAAACGGAGACUCGCUCUCAGACGCCAGACAGCCCAAGCGGUGAAGCCGCUAUGCCAGUCCUCGCGCACUUGCAGAGGUCAGAAGACGAGGAGGCUCAGCCUCGGGCGACAGACCCGGGAGAAAAGCAGCAGGCAGCUCUAAUCUUGGGGGAAUCCCCCAUGGAAAAGGAUCCCCUCCCAGAUCCCCCGAAGAAAGUUGCACCCCAGUUACCCGAAGCCUUAAAAAUGGAGACCAAGGAAGACCUGGACCUUCCAAAGGAGCCGAGGUCGACCGAAACUCCCCAAGAGGAGAAGGAGGAGGAGAUGAUAGAGCAGGGCGAGACCCCGGCGGCUGUCGUCUUGCAGAAGGAGGGCAAAGCCCAGAGCGAGGGGACCCCAGAAGCAGCCACAACCCAGGUGCUGCACAGCCUAGAGGAAGAGGCGUCUACGGCUGCGGCAACGCUGGUACAACCCUCUCCGUCUCCCCCGCAGCUGAUAGAAGCACAACAGUCCCAACAAGAUCCCCGGGGAGACGAGCCGCCUCCACCCCUCCUGACCAAGGAAGCCCCCGCGGGACUCGCCCCGGCGGAAGACGAAACCCCUCCUCAGCUCUCUCAGCCAUCUCCCCCUGCUCAGGAAGCACCGGCUGCGCCCAGCCUGAGAGCCUCGCCAUCCCCCGGGGCGCUUCCACCGCACCAGCCAGUACGACCCGGCAGCUCCCGCUCCUCUUCAUCCUCGUCCUCCAGCUCCUCCCAUUCUCGUUCCCGGUCCCCGGGCAGCUCGCCACUCCGCUCCCGGGCUAGGAGGACCCGCUCCGCUUCCUCCGAAUCACCGGCUCGGAAGCGGCCAGCGUUGGAAUCUCGAUCCCGCUCCGGCUCGGAGCGGCGUAGCAGUUUGGGCUCCCGAUCUCGUUCCAGCAGUGGGGGCAGCAGCAACAGCAGCAGCAGUAAGUCCCGCAGUCGCGAAGCUUCGCGGGACAGCACCAGCUUUCCCCCCGCCAAAGAACCCUCUCUACCCGGGGCGCGGUUCCCGCCCCACAGCCCCAAAGCUCAGCACCAAGAGGGCCCAUCCAGCCCCAGGGAAGAAGGGAGACGGACGCCCUCCUCCUCUCCUCCGAGGCAACACAGCCACACCCCACCACAACCACAACCACCAGCACGCGGCAUGCAGGCCGAGAGCACAUUUCCAAAACGAGGCAGCCCAGAGCCCCUCUUUCCGACGGAGGGGUCUGGUGUAGACAUCGGGGGCGCCGCCUCGGAGCCGCCGCGCCCGAUCGAGCUGCUGCGCCCGAUCGAGCCGCCGCGCAGCAAAAUCGAGGAGAAGCAGACGAUGUCGAUGGAGCUGUCGGAACCCCCGCCGGAGAAUGAGGCCCUGGAGCCCGGCGGCCCCGAGGAUCAGCCCUCCGCAGAGCCUCCGGGCCCCGAAGCGGGCCCUGAAGACGAGGAGAAGAAAGAGGGUUCGGCUCAGCCCAAGGCCUUCAAGAGGAAGAUCUCCGUCGUCUCGUCCUCCGUGGCCAAAGGGGCCGUCGCCACAAACAGCGACACCGAAGGAAGCCAGCCGGCAGGGCGCAAACGGCGCUGGGGCGCCAGCACUGCCACGACCCAGAAGAAACCUUCGAUAAGCAUCACCACCGAAUCCCUCAAGAGCCUGAUCCCGGAGAUUAAGCCACCGCCGGGAGGCCAGGAAGCCGUGGUGGACCUUCAUGCCGACGACUCCCGCAUCUCCGAAGACGAAGCCGAGCGCCACUUGGAAGAGCCGGCUCACGAGAAAGCGCUCAAGAUCUGCCGUACGGUCACGCAGGUGGUCCCCGUCGAAGGGCAAGAGAAUGGCCAAGGAGAGGAAGAAGAGGAAGAGGAGGAAGAAGAGAAGGUCCACGAGGAAGAGCAGCCGGAGUCGGUGCCCGUUAUAGCUGUAGAGACGGUGGUCCUGCCUCCCCCGGUAGAGCACGAAGUCAAAAAAGUCACGCUGAGCGAUACGCUCACCCGGCGGUCCAUCAGCCAGCAACGUUCCGGGGUCUCCAUAACCAUCGACGACCCCGUCCGCACGGCCCAGGUCCCCUCCCCGCCACGGGGCAAAGUCAGCUGUAUCGUUCACAUCUGCAACCUGGUGAGGCCCUUCACCCUGGGGCAACUGAAGGAGCUGCUGGGCCGGACAGGCACCGUGGUCGAGGACGCUUUUUGGAUCGACAAGAUCAAAUCGCACUGCUACGUCACAUAUUCAACAGUGGAAGAAGCCAUCGCGACGCGAAACGCCCUCCACGGGGUCAAGUGGCCGCAGUCUAACCCCAAGUUUUUAUCCGCUGAUUUUGUGGAGCAGGAUGAGCUGGAUUUCCAUCGUGGUCUUCUGGCCGACCGUCCCGCAGAGGUCAAGGCAGACGAAGCGCCCACCUUCCCCGGGGUGGGCCCGACCACGCGGGGGGAACGGGAGCUGUCCCGGCGCUCAGAGGCACGGGAGCGGGAGGCGGCCGUGCGGGAGCAAUGGGCCGAACGGGAGCGAGAGAUGGAACGCCGGGAGAGGACCCUGGCGGAGCGGGAGUGGGAUCGGGACAAGGUGCGCGAGGGCCCCCGUUCUCGAUCCCGAUCCCGAGAGAGACGCCGCAAGGAGCGGCCCAAAUCGAAGGAGAAGAAAGCAGAGAAGAAAGAAAAGGCCCAGGAGGAACCCCCGGCUAAACUUCUCGACGAUCUGUUCCGCAAAACCAAGGCAGCCCCUUGCAUUUAUUGGUUGCCCCUCACGGACAUUCAGUGUGUCCAGAAACAGGCCGAGCGAGCAGCUCGGGCUCGCGAACGGGAACGCCGGCGCAAAGAACUGGAAGCCGAGGAGGCCCGUCAGCGGGAACGCAACCGCCAAGCCGAGCGGGACAAGCGGCGGGAACACAGCAGAGAGCGAGAACGCGAGCGCCCCAAUGCUACCAGCUGUGGUGGGGCCAGUCGAGCGGGUGAGCGCGGCGGCCGAGGAGACCGCGAACGGCGCGAAGCCAAAAGCCGCCACAGCCGGAGUCGGAGUCGGAGCACGCCUGUACAGGACAGAGGGGGGCGCCGCUGAGCUAUUCCCCAGCCUUUCUUUUGACCUUCGGGCGGGGGGAGGAGUUGGUGGCGGGGGCACUUUCCCCGAAAUCAAGCUCCUGAGUUUUGCGGCCAAGGAGGAUCAAGGAAGGGGAGUGAGUUUCUUUGCCCACCACUGGAAGGGCCGAGAGGGGUCCGGCGUGGCUGGCGGGCGGCCGAAGUGGUAGGGUUCUCCCUCCCCCUAACGUGGGGAUAAGUUUGAUUCCCGACCCCUCCUGCUCCCCUCUUCUGGAGCCAGUAUCCUUCCCGUUGAUUUGUAUUUUAUUUUGGGAAAAUGUUUUUUUUAUUCUUCUGAUGAUACAGGAAAGAGAGCAUAAAUAAAGAGAUGGCGUUAGUUUUAAA